CCUCGAGAUCUGCCGUAUCAUGAAUAGUGACAUUGAACACUUAUCAACGUCAGAUGAGAUCCACCCGAGCACUUCCACAUUUGAUGGUUCGAGGUUCGCCACCCGAAACACUGGAGUAGUUGACCCUGAGCCGCAUAUCGCAAGUUGAGGACAACAAGUCAUCGAUUAUUCUGCACGUCAGACUGGGAGAUUAGCUGACAAGUUGGCUGCCUUUGACUGUAUAGUCCCCAUAGCCAUGGCGAAGGCCAUGGAAUUGGAUCCGUCGCAGUGCAAAGCCGGAUUGUGGAUGACCGACACGCCGAGAGAUCUGUCAUGGUGCCGCGAUUGCCACCGUCCGGAUAAGGCUUCAACUAGCAGUCCUUCAGACAUGACACUGACACCGUCAUGGUCAUGGCCUGAGAUACGAUCAACAGUCACCUGGCUCGAUGCCAACGAGCUCAAAUGGAAUGAUUAUACCCUGGAAGUUGUCAAAUGUAUCGAAGUGAGGCAGUUGGUUGUAAAGAGACAUAUCUUGGACGUUCUCUGGGAUGGUCGGGUAAUGGUCCUAGCCAGGUCUCGUGACGAGGCAGACAGAGCAGCGCUCGCGGCCUCGAGCCCAGCUGCCAGAUGGAGAAGUCGAUCGCCCUCUAGCAUACCCCAGACAGAAGUGGUCUGGGACGAGUCCUUGCAGCCAAAGCGGCAAAGGAUGAGGUGUCUGGAAAUCCGAUCGAAUGUUGUCCUCGGCCGAUCCUAUGGGAUCGUCCUCACAUGUGACGGCAGUAGUACAUCGAGGAGACUGGGUUACUUCAAGUUUCUGCACGAGGAGGUGGAUUGGCAUUGGCUUCACCAGAAAAGACGGAGACUCAUUGUCCUCAAUUAAAGGCCCGUUAGUAGAUAGAGUCCGUGCCCAGACGAAAAUGCGAAUCUUGAGAUGCAAUGCACA